GUUUUGGCUUUUGCUUCAAUCCAUCAUCCUGUCAUGGUCUCCAACGCCAAUAAUCAAGUCCUGCCGAAUCUUUACGACGAUCUACACGCCCUCGACGCGGAGGAUGCUCGCGUGUGGAGUGCAUGGUAUAAUGCCAGGAGGCCCGAAGGCAGACCCGAGCGCAUACAUGACCUGGACGAAUAUUGGCGGAAAGCUCGCGAUCCCAACGCCUCAAAGGAGCUUUACAGUGAUGUGGACGGCUGCUGCACAUUCGUUCCGUGUCCCUUGCUUCCAUUCUCACAUAUGCAAGCCAUCCUUAUCCGGCGGGAGUACGAGGCUGCCUGGAGAGACCUCGAGAAGGCCUUCGUGGUCGGCGAUCGGCACUUUACUACCACGGAAGGUCCCGUACAUUAUGCCGGUCACCCGACUCCGUCGACUCGCGCGCCAUUUAAUCACGCCUUUGCCCUCACAGGUCAUCCGGGCAUAGGCAAGACCAUGUUUCUCGCCUUUGCUCUUCUCCGCUGUCUCGAGAGACACUGGACCGUGCUUUUGCAUUUGAGUGCCAAUGAAAUCUGCAUAUUCAACUCAGUGGGGGUCUGGCAGAUGAACCCCCUCGUCAGCGCCAAUGGCCUCGCACGUGCGCUUCCUUGGACGACCUGGUGUCUGGUCGACUCGAACGCGACCACCGAGAGUGUACCCUACGCGAUCUCGACGCUCAAUUUGUUUACGGUCCAAGCUGCGGCGGCGCGAAGAGAAUGCAUAAAAUGGUUAUCGAAGAGGGACACACCUUCUUCUUGCUAUUUGAUGCAUCCCAUGUCCAUUGAGGAGGCGCAGAUAUCGUUCUCUUUGAAACCCGACCGUGAGCAAACGGAGGGAUCCGAUCGCGUCAUCCAGGAAUACUUCGACAAGUACGGGCCCGACACCCGUUUUGCUUGUGUCGCCGCCCUCGAUAUGGACUCCUGCUCAUGGGAAAAGCAAUCAAGCGAGCGACUUGAAGUGGCUCUCUUGGGCCUCACUCUGGCUCGGCUUCAGGUCCUUUUCCGCAUAUCCCGAGGUCCGCGCUUCGACGCCGAGAGCGCAAGCGCCAUUCUUUGCAUACGCCCUGGGGUCGAACGCGACGUGGUGGAAGUCGACUUUGUUUCCGCGCAUGUCCUUCUUCACUGUGCGGACAAGCUGUCGGUGUCUCUGAAUGAGAUAUCGCAGCAUUCCUCUAUCGGCCGGUCGAUCUGUAACGCAUAAGCGGGAUCUGCCGCUUGCAAACUGUUGGAAGCGCAUGCAGUGUCUACCACCGCCGACGUCCUGCAUGUGGUCGGUGACGAGGGGGCAGGAUGCGCCAGUGUCGGGAAUCAACAAAUUUUGCAGAAAUGUUUAUGGGUCUACCGAUCUCUUUGUA